UUUGUCUCAACGUCAACGCACUAUAGUAUUGCACAGCGACAAGUGUCACCGUCUGUGUUGCCAAUUCGGUGUCACUUUCUUUCCCCAAGCACCGCGACUGCAAUUAGACAACCUUACUGCCACCAUGGAUCGACCACCAACAUGCACCGUAUUCAUUGGAAAUAUACCAUACGAUGUCACGGAGCAAAUGCUCCAGGAUAUGUUCAGCCAAGUCGGAGCGAUCAAGUCGCUCAGGAUGGUGACGGACAAGGACACGGGCAAACCCAAGGGGUACGGGUUCUGCGAGUACCACGACGUUGGCACAGCGCAGUCGGCCGUGCGGAACCUCAACAAGUACGAGGUCAAUGGGCGCAUGCUCCGAGUGGACUUUGCAGAGGAGCACUCGGUGGACGGGAGAGGGAAGCGCGAGAAGGACAUGCGUGGAGGCGGUCGAGGAGGCGGUGGGCCAUCGGACAGCCUAGUGCCAGCGGCACCACCUGGCACGAGGCCCAUCGGCCGUGACGCGGCCAACGCCGCGGCCACGCAGGCCAACUCGCUGCUGGGCAACGCGCCGUACACGGGGCCUGCGCAGGACAAGAUCAGCACUGUGAUCGCGGGCAUGACGCCGCUGCAGCUGUACGAGAUCCUGUCGCAGAUGCGCAGCCUGGCGCAGCAGAACAGCGCCACCGCCCGGUCCAUCCUGGUCUCCAACCCGCAGCUCACAAAGGCGCUGUUCCAGGCGCAAGUCCUGCUCGGUAUGGUCAAGGGCAGCGCGCCGCCCUCGACGUUGCCGGCGAUGCCGCAGCCGCAACCGCCGCAACAACCGCCGCCCGUGGCGCCUCCGGCGCCGCAGCCGGUGGCACCACCGCCCAUGAGCCUGCCGCCGCAGGGCGUGGCGCCCGCGAUGCAGCCGUACCCGGGGGCGCCGUACGCGCCAGGGCCGGGGGCGCCGCCGCCCGCGCCGGUCAUGGGUGGCAUGCCAGGCCCCGCCAUGCUGAUCGACCCAACCACGGGCAUGCCGUACACCGCGCCGCCGGGCGCCGUGAUCGUCACGGCGGGGCAGCAGCAGGGCGCGCCGCAGCCGCAGCCGCAGCAGAUGAUGCCUCCGCCUCAGGCGCCGCCGCCGCAGGCGGUGGGGCCUGGGGAGGGCCCGCCCGCCAGCGUGACGCUGCCGCCCAACCUGGCGCCGCAGCAGGCGCAGAUGCUGCAGCGGGUGCUGAGCCUCACAGUGGAGCAGGUCAACGCGCUGCCGCCGGCGCAGCGGCAGCAGGUGAUGCUAGUGCGGCAGCAGCUGGGGUUGCCGCAGUGAGCGCGGGCGGGUGUGUGUGCUAGCGUGGGUGCGGGUGUGGAUGCGGCGGCAGGUAGCGGAGGAACCGCGGCACGUGCGUCAGGCUCAGGACGUGCGGGCUUCUGGAUCGUAUGGGUAGGGAGGCGAUGGAAGUGUCAGUGAUGUUCUGGGCAUGAAUGGACUGCGAUUGCGCAUUCAUCCACCUUGGUUCGGCAGCUGUGAAACGAGUAACAGCGGUUCGGCUUUCGUGCACGACUUGUUGUCUGACGUGAGUCAGUGGUGUUGCGACCCGUUGUACGUAUUGAUUUGAAGCUGCUGGUGUCAUAGUUUUGUGUCGGGGUCGGAGGCGCACGGAAUGGCUACUGCAAUGUGGCUGUUGACCA